AUGGCAUCUUCUCAUGUCAUGUCACCUCCCCAGAAUUCUAGAGCUACGCGCUCAUCUUUGGCCUGUCUACCGUGUCGCUCGCGACACCUGAAAUGCGACGGAAAGCGACCAGUUUGCGCCCGUUGCUCUGAAUCUGACCAACAAUGCCACUAUGCUCGAUCGCGUCGCGGCGGUUUAGAUCGCGCGGCGUUGGCAGAGCGUCGCAAACGACUUUCGGGCGUCGAUACCACUGAUACCGAGCCGGUUACAAUCGCAGGCAACUGGAGCCCACAAAGGAUCGUGGGAGUUCAAGGCGAGCUGGAUCUCACGUCACAAUUCAUCGAGGCAAACUUCGACAAAGGCGGGGGUCUGCUCGAUGGGGUAGGGUUUGGCAAUACGACCUCCAAUGUCGACUCACCAGGAUCUGCGACCUCUUUUCAGGUCCAAAUGAGCAACAUAGAGAAGGACCCACUGGUGCAUUCUUACUACAAGAGCUUCCAUCGAUUCCACCCUCUUCUCCUACCCCGACGCCACAUGACUAGACACUACCAAAAUCCGAACCACCACCUGAGCCUGAAACCGCUGAUCGCAGCCAUGCGCCUCAUUGGAUAUAUUUACAACUUUCGGGAAUGGUCAUCCGCAUUGCAAGACCACGUGGAAACAUGUCUAGCCCAGGCCAUGCCGUCAGAUCCAGUCUUGGUCCAGGUUCGGCUAUUAUACUCUGUGGCCCUGUUUUGGUACGACCAUAAAAAGCAGGCUAAAGCCGAAAUAAACGAUGCAAUACGACUCGCCCUAGAUUUGCAGAUGCACCAUGAAGAGUUUGCGGUCAAAAAUGGGGCCGAGGAUCCUGUAGUCAGCGAGAGCUGGCGACGAACAUGGUGGAUGCUGUACACUGUGGAUGCAUAUUAUGCAGGGACCCUGGGAACGAUGGAGUUUCAAGUGAUGGAGGUCGAUGCAACCGUCGGGCUGCCUUGUGAAGAGCAGGAAUACGAGUCGGGAGUGAUACCCGAACCAAAGACGGUGCAAGAAUUCGAUUGUCGAGAGUUUUCUUCUGAGGAUACCGUAUUCUCAUCGUUCGCGUAUCUCAUCGGUGCUGUAAAAUGCACGGCUAUGGCGAUAUCCUCGGCCCCCAAAAUCGCGGCAAAAGAGGACUCGUUACAUGUCAUUCAGGCCGCCGACUCAGCCCUCGAUGGAUGGCUGCUCUUUUUGCCAAAGGACCGCAAGCAAGUGAUGACCAAGACUGGCGAAAUCGACGAACUGAUGUUUCAAGCGCAUUUACUCAUACAUGUCUCAAGUAUCGGCAUCCACAGACCACUCUCAGAUCUAAAAUUCAACCCCGUUGAAAAUAUCUCAAGCUGCGCUCGAGAGCCACCUGCCGAUAACCCUACCCCGGAGCUGAUUAAUGUCCAUACUGUUCGAGUCAUGCGAGCAGCUGAGGCGCAGAUUCGCCUUCUAGCGUUGCCGGUUCGACCAUUUUACCACUCUCCCUUCACAACAUGCAUGAUCAGCGAGGGUACGUUGGCGCUCUUAUCUGCCUGUCAUUUCCUGCUGAAAGGGCCCAAGCUGGCUAUUGCAAGAGAUCAAAUUCGGAUGACUAUUGGUUGCCUCAAGACAUUGGCCGAAAUGUGGCCAAGAUCUGCGAGAAAUGUUCGCGAGAUUCAAACUAUUGCUCACCACGUGCUAGGGCUGGGGUCCAAAUCCACAAGCAUGAAUGGAACUCCUUGUUCCAGUGACCUGCCCAAUCUAUCCGGCGGCAAUGGCCAGGGAAGCCUGGGGUCGGAGGGCGAAGCCUCGAGCAACGACACUGAUAUGCUUCCUCUUUUAGGUUCUAUCGAUGAUCUAUGUGGGUGGUACAAUAUUGGUGAUCUGGGCACCGAGUUUGCAUGGGAUAUGAAUAACGCAUCAUGA